AUCUACAUUUCGCACAAUUCGAAUCGAGAGCUCAACACGGAGACAUCAGGAAAAAAAAUCAUUUAGAAUGAUGAGGAAUUUUUUUUUAAUAUUCGGUGCUGCCUUUUUAACACUAACUGGGGCUGAGGUUGUCCUGUUCCAGCCAUGUAUAUACCCUGAGAAUACUCAAAUAAACUGUACAGUCCACGAACUUCGUAUAAAUCCCUGUCCCGAGGCUGCAGAAGAGAAACCAUGUCGAGUAAAACGAGGAACCAACGCUAGUAUCGAAUUUGAUUAUACCACAAACUUCGCUGCUGACACAUUGGAGGGUCGAGCUUACUGGGCUAAUCAGCUGAUCGAUUUACCCUUCCUGGGGAUGAGCACCAACGCCUGCGCCUCCACCCCCUGUCCCCUCAAACCUGAUACCAAGCAGACUUACAAAAUGACUCUAGAAAUAUCCGAAAAGUACCCAGCUGUAAGUAAUAAGUAUUUAAAUAAAAUAACAUAACGAUAUAAUCCUCUC